AUGGAUAAUGCCCGCAUAACUCAAUCUCUGAAUGGAGAACCGCUGGCCAAAGAGCUUGAGCUUCAUGAUACUGGAGUGCCCGGAAAGUCAAAUAUACAUUUUGGCCCAAAGAACACAGUUCACAUCAUCGAUGCUUUGCCUAUUGGGGAUCUGAAGUUUCACUGCAAAUCUAAGGACACUGAUCUUGGGAUGCACGACGCUACAGCGGAUAUUUUCGAAAGAACACUUUUCUUUUGCAAUUUCAUGCACAAUCAACAUAGACAGAGUUUUGAUGGUUUCGAUAGUGCUCUAGAAGUGAGUUGGAUUGGAUAA